AUGUCUUUCGUCGCCUCCGCCGCACGCGCUGCAUCUCGCCGCGCCUUCGCUACCUCCUCGCGCCUGGCGAGCAACUCGUCCACUGCCCGCGCCUCCGCCAUCAGCGGCACGAUUCGCAGCAGCAUCCAGCGCGCCCAGGCCGAAGCCAGCGACGAGGCCUUCAAGGCCGGCGUCGUCUACACGCUGGUUGGAGUCUCGGCGCUCGGCGCGGGCUACCUCGUAGUCGCGCCAAAGGAGGGCAAGACCGUCAGCCAGCGCGACCUCCUGUGA